CUGGCACUCCCCCCCGCAUCGUUGGCACUGACCCGGAGGUUCGUGCCCAGGAGAAUGACGUGGCGGUUCUGCGGUGCCGUGCCAAGGGAGUGCCAACGCCCACGAUCACGUGGUAUAGAAAGGGGUACCUGGUCAACACGGAGAGCGACUCGAGCCGUUUCCGGAUCCUGGUGGGCGGCGCGCUGCAGGUCGUCAACACGGAGCGGGCGGACGCGGGCGUGUACACGUGCAGGGCGGAGAACGGCGUGGGCGGCCCUGACGAGAGGGAGAGUCGGCUGGUCAUCACGGACCCCACCCCCCGCCCGUCGCAAAUCAUCCCCUGGGGCCGGAGCAGCAGCGGGGGGCGUGGCCUAGCCGACUCCUCCUCGUCGUCGUCGACCAAUCCCGUCGUGUCCCUGGGAGGCUCCGCCCACCUGUACUGCCGUGCGGUGGGCUGGCCCCGCCCCUCGGUCACGUGGUGGCGAGGGAGCAACAUGCUGCCUCUGUCUUCGGCUCAGUACGAGCACUACCGCCACGGCGUGCUGGUGGUGCGCCGCGUGACGCUCCCGUUGCUGGGGCCGUACAAGUGCCAGGUGUACAACGGCCGGGGGAAGCCCAAGUCACACACGGUGGUCCUGCACGCGUUGGGCCCCGUCCAUGCGGGUUUGGGACAGGGAGGGAUUCCGGGACAGCAGGGAGGGUUCCCAGGGGGGCUUCUCUCCCCCCAGAACCCCAAUCCCUACGACUUUGCGCCCAACCUCCGCGAAUUCCUCAAGUACAUCGUGGAUCCGCCGGAACCCGCGUCCACCCAGCCGUUGCUUAGCACGACCCCCACGACCCUUUUCCCCGUUAUCUUGCCCUCCAACCGACCCUAUCUUGGUCGUCCUGAGUCUGGUACGACCACUACAUCUACUACUGCUACUACUACUGCACGACCGUAUAUUGAACCCCUCCGGGCGACAAUCCGUUUAAACUCUACGGAGUUCGCGCCACAUUCAACUAUCUGGAUCCCUUGCAACGUGACCGGUUUCCCGAAGCCGAGGCUCAGCUGGUUUAAAGACGGAAAUCAGGUCGUGACCGGCAGCCGGUUUACUAUCGAAGCCGACCACACCCUCGUGAUUCUUGGCGCCGAGGAGGAAGACUCCGGCGUAUACAGGUGUGCUGCCGAGAACGACUUCGGAAAGGCAGACAGCUCGACGCCCAUCGCGAUUCGAGGCAUCUACGUCCACCCGGCUUGCACAGACAACCCGUUUUUCGCCAAUUGCAAGCUGAUCGUGCAAGCGAAAUAUUGCACCAACAAGUACUAUGCAAGGUUCUGUUGCAAAUCGUGCACGCUGGCUGGGCAGUUGCCGUCGUACGGGGCGCAUUUGCAGUUCGUGAAGAAGAAAAAAUGAGAGAGAGGAAGAGAGAGAGAAAAAGAAGAGGGA